AUGACAAAUACUCCACCUCCUACUCCAACUAGUACGACACUCUUUACCACCCGCGACUAUCGUGGCGCCACAAUCGAAGACUUGAAUAUUCCCCAAGCAAUAUCCACCAACCCUACCUCAUCAAUAUACGAUGCCAUUGAAAUUGGUUACGAAUACGAAUUUACUUAUUUACCAGUUAUACACGAGUUGAACAAACGAUUGUUGGGGGUUGUCAACUUAGAACAAUUCAAAAAUGCCACUCCACAACUGAACCAAAACCAAAGCUUAAAUCACGAAGGAAAAGAACCAAUUGUAUUUAAUCACAUGUUAUGGUUCAAUCCAUCAACUAAACGCAAAUAUGAACAUGAUAUCUUACAUAAAGGGAAUAAAGCAAGUGAUACUGUGAGCAGGACCACUCCCAAAACCAUGAUUUUGAAACCUAGAGGUAAACGAUACAGUGUUUUGACUCCAUAUAGUCCCUUGGAAGACUUGGCUUCAUUUUUCAAUAGGGGAAAUUAUUUUGCUAUAAUUACUAAUGAUCUGGGUAAUUUCGUAUAUGGAGUGGUUACUCCACAAGAUUUACUCAAGUAUGAACAAAGUCGACCAAAGUUGUAA